AUGCGGGCAUUGGGCUCGUUGCUGCUGUUGCUGAUUACCCUGCCCUCCGUGUUGGCCGUUAAGUCACAAGACUUCAAAACAUGUUCGCAAGCUGCAUUCUGUCGCAGAGGUCGCGCCCUAUCCGCUAGAGCAAAAACCUCGUCUACAUGGCGCUCUCCUUACUCUGUGGACCCAUCUACUAUUGCCAUUGCACCAGAGGAGGCGUCCUUCACCGCCGGCGUCAAGUCGUCCAUCUACCCAGAAGUCAACUUCGGCUUAGACGUCCGUGUACAUAAGGACGGCGUAGUCCGCGUUCGCAUGGACGAGGUGGGAGGUCUAAGGAAGCGCUACGAUGAGGCGGCAUCCUGGGCGCUGCUGGCAGAGCCCGAAAUUAGUCGGGAAAUCAAGUGGACAGCGGGCAAGAAUGAAGUUCGAGCUGUGUACGGGGACAAGAAGGAAUUCGAAGUUGUGGUCGCGUUUUCGCCUCUCAAAGUUUCGCUUUUGCGGAAAGGCAAGGAGCAGGUAGUCCUGAAUGGCCAGGGUCUCCUCCACAUGGAGCAUUUCCGCACCAAGGAGUCCGUGGAGAAGACCGAAGCCAUUGCUGAGGAGGGUGUUGACUCGGAUGGCUCUCAAGUUGUUAUGCAGCAGGUUAAUGCACGCGCAUGGUUCGAAGGUGAGACGGAAGAUGGCUGGUGGGAAGAAACGUUUUCCUCGUGGACCGACUCCAAGCCCAAAGGACCCGAAUCAUUAUCUCUGGAUAUCUCUUUCCCUAACCACGGGCACGUCUACGGCAUUCCCCAACACGCCACGAGUCUUUCGCUCCCCACUACGAGCGGCGAAUCGGCCUACUACUCCGACCCCUUCCGGCUCUACAACACAGACGUCUUCGAGUACCUUGCGGAUUCUCCCAUGUCGUUGUACGGCUCUAUCCCGCUGAUGCACGCGCACUCCACGGCAUCCACCGUGGCCGUCUUCGACGCAAUCGCGUCCGAGACGUGGAUCGACAUCGCGCACGGCUCCCCCGGCGCGACAGAGACACACUGGAUAUCCGAGUCAGGCAUCCUCGACGUGUUCCUCAUCCCGGGUCCGACGCCCGCGGACGUGUUCGCCCAAUACACAAGGCUCACCGGAACCCCCGCGCUUCCCGCGCACUGGGCGCUCGGCCACCACCAGUGCAGGUGGAACUACAUCAGCUCGGACGAUGUCCGCGACGUUCAGCGACGCUUCGACCAGGCGGACAUACCCGUCGACGUGUUCUGGCUCGACAUCGAGUACGCGGAGGAGCACAAGUACUUCAUCUGGGACAAGAAGACCUUCCCCGACCCCGUCGAGAUGACGAAGGACGUUGAGGCGAUAGGCCGUAAGAUGGUCGUCAUCGUCGACCCGCACCUGAAGCGCACGAGCAACUACCCUGUCUACCAGAGUGCGAGCGACCUCGGUUUGCUCGUCAAGCAGAAGAACGGUGAGAGUGAAUACGAGGGCUGGUGCUGGAGCGGCGGCAGCGCGUGGAUAGACUUUUUCAAUCCGGCGAGCUGGGACUGGUGGAAGUCGUUGUUCAAAACCGAGGAAGACCCCAAUCAUUGGACAUGGACAGAAAGUACCGUCAACACUUACAUCUGGAACGACAUGAAUGAGCCCUCGGUAUUUAACGGUCCAGAAAUUAGCAUGCCCCGAGAUAAUGUCCACUAUGGUGGGUGGGAGCACCGCGACAUUCAUAACAUCAACGGAAUGCUCCUCCCAAAUAUCACUUCCCAAGCCCUCAUGGCCCGCACGGACCCAUCAUAUAGGCCAUUUGUGCUCACUCGCUCCUUCUAUGCUGGCUCUCAGCGAUUCGGAGCGAUGUGGACUGGUGACAACCUCGGAACGUGGGAGCACAUGGCAGUCGGUGUCAAGAUGGUUCUCGCGAACAACAUUGGCGGCUUCAGCUUCGCAGGAUCCGACGUCGGUGGGUUCUUCGGCAACCCCGAGCCAGAGAUGCUCGUGCGGUGGUACCAAGUCGGCGCGUUUUCGCCUUUCUUCCGGGCGCACGCGCACAUCGACACGAAGCGGCGGGAGCCGUACCUGCUCGACGAGCCGUACAAGAGCAUGCUCCGCAGCAUUCUGCGCCUCCGCUACAGCCAGCUGCCGGUGUGGUACACCGCGUUCCGCGAGGCGAGCGUCACCGGCAUGCCCGUGCUGCGCCCGCACUACGUCGUGUUUCCGAAGGACGAGGCGGGCUUUGCGGUCGACGACCAGUAUUUUGUCGGCUCCUCGGGCCUGCUCGUCAAGCCCAUCGUGAAGAAAGGCGUUAAAGAGAUCUCGGUGUAUCUCCCCGAAGACCAGGUUUAUUAUGACUACUUCACGCACUACGCGUACCACGGUGCAGCGAAGGGCAAGAACGUCACGAUCCCUGCCGAGCUGUACAAAACGCCGCUGCUCAUAAGCGGCGGGUCCAUCGUCCCGACGCGCGAGCGGCCGCGGCGGUCGUCGCCGCUCAUGGCGCAUGACCCGUUCACCCUGCGUGUCGCGCUCGACAAGAGCGGUGGGGCGCGUGGCGAGCUGUACCUCGACGACGGCGUGACGUAUGCCCACCAGAAAGGCCAAUUCGUCUGGCGGGAGUUCGGCGCGCAGAAGGCGGGCAAGGGCGUGCGCAUCAGCAGCAGGAACCUCGCCUCUCAGAAGCCUGCGGAGGCGGUCGAUGGGGUCGCGCUGGCUACGUAUGAUAACGCGAAUGAGUUUGCGAGGAGUAUCGCAGGGGUGAGGGUCGAGCGGGUCGUCGUGUUCGGGCUCGCUGCGAAGCCGAUGAGCGUGAAGGUGCAAGGCGGCGCUGAGCUGAGCUUCGAAUUUACGCCGGGCGUCGCCGCGGCGGGCAGGGAGGGAGGCGCGAGUGUGCUAGUCAUCAAGGACCCUAGCGUGAGCGUGACGAGGGAUUGGGAGAUUGUCGUCCAAGUGUGA